AUGGAAGUGGAGCAUGAUGGCAUUGAAGGACUUGGAUUCACCAAUUGGGCAUUUGAGCAUGAUGAAAAUGCAACCAAAAGCUUCAAACUCAAUCAUCCUAACACUGAAGUUUACCAUGUUAAUUGUGCUGUGAUGCUGAGAAAUCUCAUAAAGAUGCAUGGGAAUAUUGAUGAUUGCAUCUUUGACACUAAAUCUGCUUCACUGCAAAUAAAUCUAAACAAGGACCAAAAGGAGAUGCUGCCACAUAGGGGUGAAGUAGAACUUAAUCGUUGGGAGCCUUCCCAAGAAACUACAGAAAAAAAAAGGGAAAACUUUGAAAGAAUUACUCUUCCAAUACUUAAUGUGGUUCUCCAUUUUACUGUUUCUCUUGCCAGAAUACAGGAAGCGUUUGUGACAGAUGGAAAUGACUUGAUUCACGAGCAUGAAUGGAAUAGGGCCACAACUCUUCUAUCCUAUGUUGAUUUCUUGCAACCCAAUUUCUUUUUGCUUGAGAGUGACAAGAAAUUGGUGACUCUCCCCACUAAUCAGAUCUUUCGUUUAACUAUUUCUACACUCUUGCAUCUGGGUUAUCAGGUGAGCUUAUCAUGA